AUGGCGAAUCAAACCCAACAGGGUGAGGCGAGAGCUUUGCUUGCCCUACUAACGAAGGACUUGGAUGUCAAGACCCUCGAACAAGCACGACUCGAAGAGACCUUGAGCAAACUGAAGGUCUUAGGGCGCAAUGUCAAUAAUGUAUCCAACAUCUAUAACGAGGAGGGUAUCAAGACCCUGGGCGGCUAUGCCUUUGGCAAUUUCUCUUCUUCAGUCCGUCAGGAAGCCCUGAGAUGCAUAGCAAAUGCACUCCUCCUGAUUCCAGCAGCUCGAAAGUCCUCACUGAAACUCAAACUCGACAAAAAGGCAGCAGACGCACUGCACGGUGCAAACGACGAUGAAGAGUUUCUGUUGUCGCGGAUACUGUUCCUGCUAACUUAUGACCCUGGCAUCGACAUGACCGCCUUGAUAUCAGAUCACAAUCUGGCAGAUGCCAUCGUGAAGCACCUUUCACGUCAUGCAGACGAAGCGACGAAGUCAUCCUCAAAAGCCCCAAUGGGUCAGGGCAACAUGGCACUGAUGGAAACUCUCAAGCUUCUUUUUAAUGCCACGAGUGUAAAGAGUGAUCAGCUUACAAAGUUUCGACCUGCUGUUGUCGAGCUCUUCCGUCUACUGAUCCACUCAGACAGUCCAUCGCCAGCGCUCCAACCGCCGAUAAGCCUGAUUGUGAACGCCUUGGCCAACCUAGAUAUUGACUCUCAGAUGGUGAAGGAUCGCGACGUAUACUCAGCGGUGGACAGGUUGGUGGAAAUCUUGGAACAGGCUCUUCAAGAGCACUCGUCUACAGAAUUGAACACGGUUGCUAUUCCACUAUUGACUGUCCUGAGAAACAUCAAUGAGGCUGCGGAUCCCGGACUCCGUGAGAAGAUGAAGGCCCGGCUCUUACCCGACGACAAGGAAAGAGAUCAACCUCUAGGGAAGUCAUCUUCGCUAGCAUCUCAACUCCUGCGACUAACUACGUCUUCGGGAAUGCUGAAUCUGUCUGAAUCGAUCUCGGGGCUUAUGUUUGAGCUUUCGAACAAAGACGCGAACGAAUACGUUAAGAAUGUUGGAUACGGCUACGCUGCAGGAUAUUUGAUGACACACAAGAUUCCUAUCCCAGAAAGCGCGAAAAAGUCACAUUUUGCGGGUGAAACCUCCAAUGAAGUCCCAAUCAACCCCAUCACAGGACAGAGGCUUGACAAGGAGCAACCGAUUGAACUACCAGAAAUGACACGAGAAGAAAAAGAACGGGAAGCCGAAAGAAUGUUUGUAUUGUUUGAGAGACUGAAAAGCACGGGCGUUGUGAAUGUCAAGAAUCCUGUCGAGGUAGCAAACGAUGAAGGAAGGUUUGAGGAGCUCAGUGAUUCUGAUUCAGAGUGA